AUCCCAAAGCCGCAAGAGGAGCACGACGAAUCAAGCUUAGCGACGGUAAGGGAGCAAAACGUAGACGAUAAUGAACUUUGUCGCGUACAAAAUGAAUUAGAGGACGCCAAGCGGGCUUUGGCUCAGACGGAGGAGGAAUUGCAAGCCUUGCGACGCCAAGUGGCAGAGCAAAAUAAAACGGCAGCCGAAGAAAGGGAUACAGCGCGCAAAUUGAAGCUCGAGGUAGGAAAGAUGCAGGAAAGUCAUGCAAAAGAGGUGACGCGUCUCCGGCGACAAAUCCGACCGCAGGGAGAGGAUGGAGCUCCUCAAGCCGGCCCGGAGACUCCUGCGUCGGAGGCAGGAAGGGAAGGGAAGACGGGUGCCGAAAGGGAAAGGGCGGAGAAAACGGCCUCCUUUCCCCGAGACAGGGCCAUGGAUGAGGCGGAUGAAUUGGAAAAAGAGCUGGCGGCCUCUUCGCUCAUCCUGCAGGAGAAGGACUCGGCGAUUGAUGCUUUGCAUCGUGCCAUGUCCCAGGAUCAAAGCGAACGGCUCACGCUCGAAUCCUCCUUGCGGGCAGCCCAAUCUAAGGUUGACUCGCUUACACAGGAGAUAGCUUCGAUCUCCGGCUUGCUGCGGGGGGCUGAGCAGGAGAAGGAGAAUCUUCGCCAACGGGACGCGGAGCAGAGAGCGGAGCUGGACAGAGGCUGUCAGCAACUUGCCGAGAAAACGGGGGUCUUGCUGCGGGUGCGAUCGGAUUUGGAGAAAACCGAACAAUCCUGCGCAUUGAAAACGGCCCAAAUGGCGCAGCUGGAAACAGGUGUGCAAGAAAUGGUGCUGGAGAUGAAGCGCCUCCGGGAAAGCGUGGAGGAGGGGGAGAUGGCACGGGCUCGUUUGUCUCGCGAGGUGGAAAGCAGGCAGCAGGCCUGCGUGAAGCUGGAAAAGGCCUUGAUGGAGACAAAGGAGAUUUUGCGGAAAGAAAAAGAAGCGUGGGAGUCAGGCGCUCAGGCGCAGAGAGACGAAAGUCGGCAACAGGCAGCAAGUCAGCAGCAAACGUUCGAGGAAGAGUUGAUGCUCUACCAUAAAGAGUCCCAGAAAAAAUCGGCGUUAGCACGGGAGAUCAUCGCCGACAAAGACCGACAGCUCGGCGAGUGUGUCCAGAAAAUCAUGGCGCUGGAAGAGGAGAUCGCCUCAGGCUC